UCCGUCUGCUAUUCGCACGUGGAAACUGCAAGUAACGUGACUGCGUAUAGUCAGUCAAAACACAAAUCCAGAUGGGACGAAAACAAAUCGAGCAGGAGCAGAUGUAAAUCGUUGCCGCAAGCCCCAACGUGAUGUGAUUCUAACCUGAUUCUGGAGUGCACUGUAGGGGUGGUGGCGGUGGUCGUCGUCGUCGUGGUCGUGGUUGACAUUUGACGACAAAGUGACACUUUGACCAAAAGCAGCUUCGCGGUCUCAUGUUUUAACUGUCAAGUUUGAGGUUCCUUAGAUUACCGUCAUGGCCCCAAUUCUUGUUCACGGAACUAUUGUUCCUGAACUGGAUGAUUCUGUCAGUCCUAUGGCUGCCAAUAUGGUGGGAUCAAUGAUGAUGCGAGGAUUAGCAUGCCCGUUCACAUGGGACAAUAUGAUGGUUUUUGAUGACGACGAUGACAUAAAUUGCAUGAUUGAUCGAUUGCCAUUAGCUGUUAGUUCAUGGGAUAGUAUUAUUCAGAAAUGCCACAUAGCAUUUUGUGAGUUCCAGCGAGGCAAUGUUCCAAAAAGUUCAUGUUUUAUCUCAGAAUGUUUCAUUCCAUUAUUGGAAGUACCAGGUUUAGAAACUUCCUGUGAGCUAACUAAAACUUACAGGCAGGGUUUGAAACAUGUUCUUGAUGCAACUUCAGCUUUUAUUCGGCUCCAUGAUGCUCAUGAGGACAUGUCACGCAGAAACCUCUUCAAUUUUGUGGCAAGCAUACCAUCAGUGGAUUCUAUGGAUGAAAAACAAAAAGCAGCUAUUAAUGCCAUUCGUUGUAAAUUGUCUGCAUAUCCAAACAACAAGCUUUACGCACGAGCAGCAAUUGCACUUGAUCCCAAUGAGGGCCAGUGGCACUUUUAUCUUUCCAAAGUGAUCUAUGAUGCUGAACAAUUACCAGAUCAUAAUUGUAUGAAAGAAGGACAUGAAGCACCAGAUAUGGCUGACCUCCUAAAUCACAACAAGGUUGCUUUGUUUUCGGCCAGGAAGAGUCCUGAACCAUUCUUACUUAUGGCACAUUUAAUUCUAACAUAUGGUCAUCCUAGCACUCCACAAGUAGAAAAAGCCAAUGAAUGUAUUAAGAAAGCACUUGACCAAUUCCCUAAUAGCCCCUUUGUACAUGAACAAGCUGCAGAGAUUGUUGUUAAGUCUACUCCUCUAAUAGGACUUUAUGUGAUGUCAAACUUAAAGAAAAUUGAACUUCACUACAAGGAAGCUAUUAGGCUUGCAGGAAAGGAUAUCCUAUCUAUUAGGCAUAGACUAGGAUUAAACCAGGUGCUAGGUGCAGGACAGCUUCGGGUACACCAUGAGGCACUGCUACUGCGGGCUGAAGGCAUGGAGAAUUUAUCAAAAGCUAGGCAUCUGACUGCAGAAGCUCGAAUUCACUAUGAGUUAGCAAAGGCAGAUAAUCUGAAUUUCAGUGCACUAAGCAUAUGUUCUCCUUUUAUGUUUACUUUUCCUGAUGAUGAUGAUGAUGAUUAUGAAUUAGUAUCUUGUCCUGGCGCCUCAUCCUCCAAAGGAAACAAAAAGUCGAAGAAAGGGCGCAGAAGAAGAAAGUAGUUCUGCAUGGAAUCCCAAAUAACUAGCAACACUGAGAAUCCAAAUGCUAUGAAUAUUGCAUUAAUUGGUGCAAUGCCUUCCCAUUCUCAUGCAUUUGCAUAGGGUAUUUUCCGGAUGCAUUGCAUGUAAGGUGCAAUGUGGCUUUGGCAUUGCACAUAUGGUGCUAUAUCUCAGUGCAUUGCACCGUACAUGCUAUAUUCAUAGCGUUUGGAAUCUCAGUGAAGGGACGUGGUGGGUGUUUCUCAGCCAAGAUAUGCUAAGAAAUUUUGAUUUUAUGAUAUCAAACCUUUCUUCUUGAUCUGCGUUUUUUAAUUUUGACUGAUGUUCAAUUUUUAAUCACUCUACUAUUGAAUUUUUCCAAGGAACAACUGGUUUGUAUUCUUUGAACUUUUAACUGUACAUAGUUGGUUGUCUAUGAAUGAGAAGACCUUUCAUCAUGAUUAUGAGCUAUGUAAUUUAAACUGUUUUGAAAUUGUAAUUUACUUUUUUAAUUUAUAUAUUUAAAAGCAAUCUAUGUUAUGCCUCUGCAUGUACAUAAUUACAAGAAAUGUAUGUUACGCCUUUACAUUUAUUUAUACUGUUUUAAAAUUAUAGUAUACAUACUUUUCAAAAAUAAAAUUUAAGCUAUGCAUUUAA